UCGCCUCAGCCCCGGUCUCUAGGGGGCGCUGCCGCAAGACCCGGAGGCUAAAAAGGAAGCCGGUACGAAAACGCGUUGGAACUUGGGCUCCGCGGCUUCCCGUAGCCGGCAUUUCCAACAUGGCGGCUGCCCAAGAUGUCCACGUCCGUAUCUGUAACCAAGAGAUUGUCAAAUUCGAUCUGGAGGUGAAGGCGCUUAUCCAGGAUAUUCGAGAUUGUUCAGGACCAUUAAGUGCACUUACUGAACUGAACACUAAAGUUAAAGAGAAGUUUCAGCAACUGCGGCACAGAAUACAGGAGCUUGAGCAGUCGGCUAAAGAGCAAGACAAAGAGUCAGAGAAGCAAGUUCUGCUCCAAGAAGUGGAGAAUCACAAAAAGCAGAUGCUCAGCAAUCAGACCUCAUGGAGGAAGGCUAACCUCACUUGCAAAAUUGCAAUCGACAACCUAGAGAAGGCAGAACUUCUCCAGGGAGGAGACCUGUUCCGGCAAAGGAAAACUGCCAAAGAGAGCCUGGCCCAGACAUCCAGUGACAUCACAGAGAGCCUCAUGGGGAUCAGCAGGAUGAUGUCCCAGCAGGUCCAGCAGAGCGAGGAAGCCAUGCAGACGCUGGUUAAUUCUUCACGGACUAUCCUGGAUGCAAAUGAAGAAUUCAAAUCCAUGUCAGGGACCAUCCAGUUGGGACGGAAGCUCAUCACAAAAUAUAAUCGCCGAGAGCUGACAGACAAGCUUCUCAUUUUCCUUGCACUGGCACUCUUUCUUGCUACAGUCCUCUAUAUUUUGAAAAAACGGCUCUUUCCGUUUUUGUGAGAUCUGAGAGCUGCCAGCUUCUGCCCUCUGAACUCCGCUGUCAGAGUCUGGCCGCACUCCUGAACUCUGGCCCCAGCCUGCUUCAGGUGCUCAGCAGGUGAGAUGGAGACACAGCCCCGCGAGUUUCUGCAGGUGGCUGGUGUGACGGGCUGAGCAGAGGACGAGGAGGGAGCCUGUCAUCGGGACCCUGCAGGGACGCCAAGAGCCCUCACACACUGUGAGUGCAGUCACGUGGGACACCCGGGCGGCCUCCAGGAUUUGAUGUCCCUCCCAUGUCCCCCUGCCCCCCCGCAGCCUUAAUGCCAGAUCUGGAGGAGGGAAGAGAAGAGGGGGAGGAGGAUGAAAACAUCCAUUCCUUGAAUAAAGUUGACUGUAUUUAAUAGCAUGAAA